AUGGCCGACAAUCGAAGGGCCCUCCCAAUAAAGUUCACGGAGCUCUUGCAGGUACGCAUCGUUGGAAAUCAUUUUCGAGAGGCCUUAGACGCUGAUACGUUGUUUCAAUUCUUGCGUAUGUCCAUGUCCCGUUGUCGACCUAAAGUUGGCCCUGAUACUGAUACCAAUAAGACCCUAGAAUCGGAUCAUUAUGUCUGCGUACGGCAGGACAAUCCUGCCAAUCCUGGCAACCCUGAUGUGGUUAUCAUCGACCUUAAGAACAAUAAUGAAGUAAUCAAACGGCCAAUCAAGGCCGAUAGUGCCAUCAUGCAUUGGGAUAGACAAGUUAUCGCCCUGAAAGCCCAACAGCGAACCCUCCAGAUCUUCGAUCUGGCGCAGAAGCAAAAGCUCAAGUCAACUACGAUGAGUGAAGACGUGGUGUACUGGAAAUGGAUCAGCCAAGAUAGCAUAGGAUUGGUCACUGACGAGUCUGUCUACCAUUGGAACAUAUAUGACCAGACCCAGCAAUCACCCAUCAAAGUCUGCGAGAGGAACGCAAAUUUGAAGGGCUGCCAAAUCAUCAACUACAGGGUGAAUGAAGAUGAAAAGUGGAUGGCGGUGGUAGGAAUUACCCAGCGUGAGGGACGUGUGGUCGGAGCGAUGCAGCUAUAUUCGAAAGAGCGAGGAAUCAGCCAAGCGAUCGAAGCACAUGCUGCAGCUUUUGGGACGAUCCGUCUCGAUGGAGCUCCUGCAGACACUCGACUCUUUACAUUUUCUGUCCGAACGGCCUCGUCGUCGAAACUGCACGUCGUCGAAAUUGACCACAAUCCUCAGAAUCCGGUCUUCCCGAAGAAAGCCGUCGAUGUGUACUUCCCGGCAGAAGCAGUGAAUGAUUUCCCAGUUGCUAUGCAAGUAUCCAAACGGUACAGUGUCAUCUAUAUGAUAACAAAGUAUGGCUUCAUACACCUCUACGACCUCGAAACGGCUACCUGCAUCUUCAUGAAUCGCAUCUCUAGCGACACGAUAUUCACAACAGCUGCUGAUGCCGAGUCAGUGGGUAUAGUUGGUGUCAAUCGCAAGGGUCAGGUUCUCUCAGUCAGCGUCGACGAUAAUACAAUCAUUCCGUAUUUAUUGGAAAAUCCCGGACAAGGCUCACUUGCCCUCAAAUUAGCAUCCAGAGCCGGUCUUCCAGGCGCAGAUAAUCUUUACGCUCAGCAAUUUGAGCAAGCUUUCGCAUCGGGACAGUACCAGGAGGCUGCUAAACUGGCAGCCAACUCCCCUCGUGGUUUCUUACGUACCCCACAAACAGUACAGCGCUUCCAAGGUCUACCAGCUCAAGGCGACCGCGGAUUGACGCCUCUAUUACAGUACUUUGGUAUAUUGCUCGAUCAAGGGAUGUUGAACCGAUUGGAGAGCAUCGAGCUUGGUCGGCUUGUGCUCUCGCAAGGCCGCAAGAAUCUGAUCGAGAAGUGGUUGGGUGAAAACAAGCUCGAGUGUUCAGAGGAGCUCGGCGAUGCCGCCCAACAGUAUGAUCCAGAACUAGCAUUGAAGAUAUACCUGAAAGCCAAUAUCCCGAACAAAGUGGUCGCUGGCCUUGCUGCUACCGGUCAAACAGAAAAGAUUCUACCUUACUGCGAACAGAAUGGAUAUCGCCCGGAUUACGCACAACUCAUCAGACAUAUCGUGACGACUAAUCCUGAGAAGGGGUCUGAGUUCGCCAUACAGCUCGCCAAUUAUGAAGGUGGCCCACUUGUCGAUAUCGAAAGGAUCGUAGACGUGUUUCAAUCUCAAAAUAUGGUUCAACAAGCAACAGCCUUCCUACUAGAUGCUCUCAAAAACAACGUACCUGAACAAGGUCACUUGCAGACACGCUUGCUCGAGAUGAAUCUCAUGAGCGCACCACAAGUUGCUGACGCAAUCAUGGGCAAUAACAUGUUCUCCCACUACGAUAAGGCUCGCAUAGCAAUGCUCUGCGAGAACGCCCAGCUUUAUAAUCGAGCCCUCGAAAAUACAGACGACCAAGCAGUGAUCAAGAGGAACGUCGUAAGAACCGACAAGCUGGAUAUCAACUGGCUAGUCGAAUAUUUUGGCCGCAUGUCGCUCGAACAAUCCCUGGACUGCCUCAAUGAGAUGCUUAAGGUCAACAUUCGACAAAAUUUGGCAGCUGUUAUUCAAAUCGCUACCAAAUACUCGGAGCUAUUGGGGCCGAUUCGUAUCAUUACCCUUCUGGAAAAGUACCGGACUGCGGAAGGGUUGUAUCAUUAUCUUGGAAGCAUUGUGAACUUGAGCGAGGAUCAAGAGGUCGUUUUCAAGUACAUUGAGGCUGCUACGGCCACCGGCAACGUUCCCGAAGUCGAGCGCAUAUGUCGUGAUAAUCAAUUUUACAACCCUGAGAAAGUGAAAAAUUUCUUGAAGGAGGCUAGACUCACCGAGCAACUUCCUCUCAUCAUCGUGUGUGACCGCUUCAACUUCGUGCAUGACCUGGUACUCUAUCUUUACCAGAAUCAGCAGUUCAAGUCGAUAGAGGUCUACGUACAGAGAGUCAACCCAGGUAGAACGCCAUUCGUGAUAGGUGCUUUGCUCGAUGUGGACUGCGACGAAUCAAUCAUCAAAAGCCUUCUACAAUCGAUAGAUCCAGCAUCUAUUCCUAUCAAUGACUUGGUCUCCGAAGUCGAGUCUCGAAAUCGCCUCAAAAUUUUACUACCAUUUCUUGAGGCUACAUUAGCUUCAGGCAACCAACAGCAAGCGGUCUACAACGCACUCGCAAAGAUCUAUAUCGACAGUAAUAACAAUCCUGAGAAAUUCCUGAAGGAGAAUGACAUGUAUGACCCACUUGUUGUGGGAAAAUACUGUGAGAAACGUGACCCCAACCUUGCCUAUGUGGCCUAUCGAAAAGGGCAAAAUGAUCUCGAGCUUAUCAAUAUUACGAACGAAAACGGAAUGUAUCGAGCACAAGCUCGGUAUCUCUUGGAGCGUGCAGACUCUGAGAUCUGGGCUUUUGUCUUGAACGGCAACAAUGUUCACAGACGGUCCCUCGUCGAUCAAGUCAUUUCGACUGCUGUACCUGAAUCAACAGAGCCUGAGAAGGUCUCUGUGGCAGUCAAAGCGUUUUUGGACGCCGAUCUUCCUGCUGAGCUUAUCGAGCUCCUUGAAAAGAUCAUACUAGAGCCAUCACCAUUUAACGACAAUAGCAGUCUCCAGAACUUACUCAUGCUGACCGCUGCGAAGGCUGAUAAGGGCCGUCUAAUGACUUACAUUCACGAUCUCAGUGCCUACAACGGCGAAGAAAUCGCUAACAUGUGUAUCUCUGUUGGCUUGUUCGAAGAAGCUUUCGAGAUCUAUAAGAAAUCCGAUAAUCACACCGCAGCUACUAAUGUGCUCGUGGACCACGUGGUAAGCAUUGAUCGAGCCCAAGAAUACGCUGAGCGAGUUGAGUUGCCUGAGGUGUGGAGCAAAGUGGCAAAGGCGCAGCUCGAUGGCCUUCGUGUAGGAGAUGCGAUUGACUCUUACAUUCGGGCAGACGAUGCAUCAAAUCACAAUGAGGUGAUCGACAUUGCAACUCAUGCAGGCAAAGAUGACGAGCUUGUCAAGUAUCUAAAAAUGGCCCGAAAGGCUCAACGCGAGCCUGCAAUCGACACGGCCUUAGCAUUCGCUUAUGCUCGAUUAGAUCGGCUGAACGAAUUGGAGGAUUUUUUGCAGGCUAGCAACGUGGCAGACGUUGAAGCUUCAGGUGAUAAGGCUUACGCUGAAGGCUACCACCAAGCUUCAAAGAUUUUCUUUACGAGCAUCUCGAAUUGGGCCAAACUUGCUACCACACUUGUUCAUCUUGAAGAAUACCAGGCGGCAGUAGAGUGUGCCCGAAAGGCAAACAGCGUGAAGGUCUGGAAGCAAGUCAAUGAGGCUUGUGUUGCUAAGAAAGAAUUCCGACUUGCGCAGAUCUGUGGCCUGAAUCUAAUCGUGCAUGCGGAGGAACUGCAAGAUCUGGUUAAACAGUACGAACGAGAAGGAUAUUUUGACGAACUCAUCUCGUUGCUUGAAGCAGGGCUCGGACUCGAACGAGCUCACAUGGGAAUGUUCACUGAGCUAGGUACUGCUCUUUCCAAAUAUCACCCAGAGAAGACGAUGGAGCAUCUCAAGAUCUUCUGGUCUCGGAUCAACAUACCAAAAAUGAUUCGUUCUUGCGAGGACGCGCAUCUCUGGCCAGAGCUGAUCUUUCUCUACUGUCACUAUGACGAGUUUGACAACGCUGCGCUGGCGAUGAUUGAACGAGCUGCCGACGCUUGGGAACACCACUCAUUCAAGGACAUCAUUGUGAAGGUUGCUAACCUCGAAAUCUACUACAAGUCCCUGAGCUUCUACCGAGAGCAGCAACCGUCGCUGUUGACGGAUCUGUUGCAGGCGCUAACCCCUCGCAUUGAUGUCAACCGAGUUGUCAAGCUGUUCCAAAAGUCCGAUGAUCUGCCGUUGAUCAAACCCUUCCUUCUGAAUGUACAGACACAGAAUAAGCGCAUUGUGAAUGAUGCCAUCAACGACCUUCUGAUUGAGGAAGAAGAUUACAAAACACUUCGGGAUUCGGUAGAGAAUUCUGACAAUUAUGAUGCGGUCGAACUUGCCUCACGGUUGGAAAAACAUGAGCUCGUUUUCUUCCGGCAGAUUGCUGCCAAUAUUUAUCGCAAGAACAAGCGUUGGGACAAGUCAAUUGCCCUCUCGAAGCAGGACAAACUCUUCAAGGACGCGAUCGAGACUGCUGCUAUUUCCAGUAAGACUGAUAUUGUGGAAGAGCUUCUCCAUUAUUUCGUUGAUAUCGGAAGUCGGGAAUGUUAUGUUGGCAUGCUGUAUGCUUGCUACGAUCUCAUUCGUCUUCCAACAGUCAUGGAGUUGUCGUGGCGCCAUGGGCUUAAUGACUUCAGCAUGCCCUUCAUGAUCAACUACAUGAGCCAGCAGGCAUCGACCAUCGAGGUCCUUAAGAAGGACAACGAAGAGCGCAAGGCUCGGGAGGCGAAAUCGCAGAAGGAGGAAGACAAUACCCCAAUCCUCGGUGGUUCAAGGUUGAUGCUUACCCAAGGAUCUACUGGCUCUAUGGGCACACCUCAACCAAAUGGCAUUGUGCCACAACCUACUGGCUACCGCGGGUUCUAG